UUCCGGGCGGAUCGCGCGAGGAGGAACGCGUUGGGGCCGGGGUUCCCAGGACUUUGAAGAGGACGGGCACGAGCAACCAUGGCUGGGCCUCGCAUCCCGGUACCCAGGCUGGAGGGAGUUUCGCAGGAGCAAUUCAUGGAGCAGCUAUACCCUCAGAGAAAGCCUCUAGUGUUGGAAGGAAUUGAUUUGGGGGCAUGUACAAGCAGAUGGACAGUGGAUUACCUAAGCCAAGUUGGAGGGAGGAAAGAGGUGAAGAUUCAUGUUGCUGCAGUUGCCCAGAUGGACUUCAUUAGUAAGAACUUUGUAUAUAGAACUUUACCUUUUGACAAGUUGGUCCAGAGAGCAGCUGAAGAAAAGCAUAAAGAAUUCUUUAUUUCAGAGGAUGAGAAGUACUAUCUUCGAUCACUUGGAGAAGACCCUAGAAAGGAUGUUGCAGAUAUCAGAAAGCAAUUUCCUUUAUUGGAAGGAGAUAUUAAGUUUCCACAAUUCUUCAAAGAAGAGCAGUUCUUUUCCAGUGUUUUUCGAAUUAGCUCACCAGGGUUACAGCUUUGGACCCACUAUGAUGUAAUGGAUAACUUCUUAAUACAAGUAACAGGAAAAAAGCGUGUUGUACUGUUCAGUCCACGAGAUGCCCAAUAUUUAUAUUUAUCAGGUACUAAAUCAGAAGUACUGAAUAUAGAUAACCCAGACUUAGCUAAAUAUCCACUGUUUUCCAAGGCAAGAUGGUAUGAAUGUUCCCUUAAAGCUGGAGAUGUAUUAUUCAUUCCUGCUUUAUGGUUCCAUAAUGUAAUUUCUGAAGAGUUUGGAGUGGGAGUGAAUGUCUUCUGGAAGCACCUUCCAUCUGAAUGCUAUGAUAAAACAGAUACCUAUGGAAACAAAGAUCCCACAGCAGCAUCAAGAGCUGCACAAAUUUUGGACAGAGCCUUAAAAACCCUGGCUGAAUUACCAGAGGAAUAUAGGGACUUUUAUGCCCGGCGAAUGGUCUUGCACAUUCAAGACAAAGCCUACAGCAAAAACUUUGAAUAAAUAAUGAAGUGACUGCAAUGAACAUAAACUUUUAAAUACAGUUCAGCUCAAAUAUUGGAAAAGUAUAAUAAGAUAUAAAUUAUUUUUUAAAGAUUUAUUCUUUGUUGAAAUAGGAAAGAUAAAUCAAUCUCAAGACUUAUAGAUUAAAUAAGUAUGAAGGCCUGUUUGUUUGGUACCUACUUAAUACAGACUGUUUUGAAUGAAA